UAACGGCAGGCUCGGCGUGUUGCGGGGGAAGUGCGCCUGCGCCAGCUACGUGAACGCUAACAGAAUCUGCGGUGCUCUGCUGGCGGCGGGCAGGACGCGGUGUAGAGAGUGGACUUCGGGGACGCGGGACCUGAAGAUGGCAAGACAGUAGAAAGCAGGAGUAAGAGUGGAAAUGAAAGCAGGUAAUAGGUUGCCUAGAACUGAGUUAAGGCCCCUCUACACUGCUCUGCUGCUACCCUGUAUUGAAUUUACGCUUGCCUUAGCCAUUCUUUCUCCACUUGACUGCUAUAAAAUAGAAGAGAAUGAGCAAUUUAUGAGCUGGGUAUUUAUUAUCAGAAAGCUGACCAAUGUUAUCUCUUGCAGAAGGUCCGACAGUGUAGGGGAAGCAAUGGAAGAACUUCUACCUGAUGGACAAAUGUGGGCUAAUAUGGAUCCAGAAGAACGAAUGUUGGCAGCUGCUACAGCUUUUACCCACAUCUGUGCAGGGCAGGGUGAAGGAGAUGUUAGGAGAGAAGCCCAAUCUAUCCAAUAUGAUCCCUAUAGUAAAGCUUCAAUAGCCCCAGGAAAGCGACCUGCUCUUCCUGUGCAACUACAGUACCCACAUGUAGAAAGUAAUGUCACUUCAGAAACAGUCUCUGAGGCCUCCCAAAGACUCCGAAAGCCAGUGAUGAAGAGAAAGGUGCUGCGUAGAAAGCCAGAUGGGGAAGUAUUAGUAACAGAUGAGUCGAUUAUCAGUGAAUCAGAAUCUGGUACAGAAAAUGAUCAGGGUCUCUGGGACUUAAGACAAAGGCUGAUGAAUGUGCAGUUCCAGGAAGACAAGGAAUCUUCAUUUGAUAUUUCACAAAAAUUUAAUCCACCACAUGAAUACCAAGGAAUUUCUCAAGAUCAGUUCAUUUGCUCUCUACAAAGAGAAGGAAUGGGCUCUCCAGCUUACGAACAAGACCUGAUUGUUGCCAGCAGACCCAAGUCCUUUAUUCUCCCAAAGCUGGACCAGUUAAGCCGAAACCGGGGCAAGACAGACCGGGUAGCCCGGUAUUUUGAGUACAAACGGGACUGGGACUCAAUACGUUUACCUGGUGAAGAUCAUAGGAAGGAAUUACGCUGGGGCGUCCGAGAGCAGAUGCUUUGUCGAGCAGAACCCCAAUCCAAACCUCAGCACAUAUAUGUCCCAAACAAUUAUCUAGUACCAACAGAGAAGAAAAGGUCUGCACUCCGUUGGGGUGUUCGUUGUGACCUUGCAAAUGGUGUCAUACCCAGGAAGCUUCCCUUGCCUCUUUCUCCUUCUUAAGUCUUUUUAAACUUCUUUCACAGGAUUGUUUGAGAUAACCCAGCUCUUUAUAUCUUUCCUUUUAAAUAGAAACAAUUGUCUUGAAAAGCUCUUAGACACAUCUUACGAUAAGGACUUCACCUAUCAUUGGUCUUUCCUAGCUAUAUAUCACAUUGGUAUCAGAUAAUACUUCCAAAUUGCCACUCAAAUCCAGCAGUUGCAAGAUAAAUCAUCAGAAAGAACAACAGACCUGGUCUUCCUAUUUUGUCAAAUUAGUAAGGGCCCUUUGUGUCCUGUAACCUUUUUUUACCUAUCAUUGUGAGUUGCUGUGCUUUAAUGUGUGUUUUUUAAGUUGCUGGGCAUUACACUUAUCAAUUAAAGUAUUUUGGAAAU